UUCCUUGCGUGCUCGCUCCGCUUAGCCACUGAUCUAUGUAAAAACCCUGUAGUGUUCCUAUAUUUUAUUUUAUUUAAAGCGCCUGGGAACGAGGCUGGGGGUCAGAGUCUUCGUUGGCCGACAGACCGUUGUUCCCCUCGCCAUGAACACAAAAGACGCUGGGCACGAGGUUUGCUCUUUAUCUUCCCCCGAUGGAUCGCGGGCUCUGGUUUCGAGAUUGGGAAUAGUUAUUUAAAACAGCUUGUUCACACGCAUGCCUGUUUAUUCCUAUCUGUCGUGUCCGCGAUCAUGCAAUGCACUUUAAGAUCGAUAAACUCUUGUCAACAAGUAUUUUGCCUCCUGAUUUCGGCGAUUGCGGCGAUUGCGUUAUGUGGGGCCCUUGAGGUAAAUAACGCAGGAUGUGUUAAUGAUUGCAAGGAAAAAAUCAAGAGAUAUCAAGAAUUUUGCGAAGUGAAAUGUUCUCAAGAAUCUCUUAGCUCUCGAGCGGAAAAAGCCAAAGAGGAUUCGAAAAGUGCUAGCGCUUUACCAAAACCUGCAGCACCGAAACUGGUUGACGCUGGAUGGAGGAAAAUACGUGUUCGUUUCAAUACGACCGAGCUGGAGGUCCAGACCCAACUUGAAUAUAUUUUGGAAGUGAAGCCACUAUGGGGUCGUCCAGAGAGAGGCCAGUACUUUUAUGUAUUUCCUUACACAAGGAAUUACCGUCGUACUAAUAAAACAACGUAUACAAUUGAAGAUCUCGAGCCGAAUACUGACUAUAAAUUCAGAGUGAUUGCUAUUAAAAACAACACAACGUCAAACUUUAGUAACUGGAGUAAUGUCAUGAAUACCACGGAAUUUUGUGAAACUGAACCUCCAUGUGGUGUAACAAAUAUACGCUUAAAUUUGACGACAGAGAUACCUUAUCAGAAAGACGUGGAUCUAAAAUAUUUGUUUCGUUGGACCCCGAGUACUUCAUUCAAGAAAAUAAACCAAACUAAAGUUCGUGUAAAUUUUUCUGUUAUGAGUGAGUGUAUACUAAAUUUUAAUGAAGAGAGUUAUCUUACUGUUAAGAACAAAGAACUUGUUGGAUCGAAUACCUUUAGCAGCAAGAAGAUUUAUUAUAACUGUUGGUACAUGUUAGAGAUACAGGCUGUAGAUACUUCUAUUGCUAAACCUUUGGAAACUUUGGCAGGAAAAAGAAGAUGGAUUUUCCAUAUACCAACAUGUAUACAGAUCAAUAACAAAAAGAUAUGCGGAUGUUCAUAUAGACGGGACGAAGAGCCCCGUCUUGGCCUGGUGAAUGCCACUUUCAGAAGAGAAACAACAUCGCAAAACAACACCGCUUCUGGAAGAUUUACAUGGAGUGAUGAAAUUUGGAGAAAAGACAGCAAUUUGACCUAUUUUCAGUUUAUCUUAGAAAUUUGGGAUCCGUCUCCAGUGCAAGUUUUUGAUAAAUACUACAACGUUUCAUCCAUCGUUUCUCAAUAUAACACCACAAUUUACAAUUUAACCAUUAACGCAAUCUAUAAGAUAUUUAUGAUAGGAUAUACUCAUCACCACUGCGAACAUAGAUAUAAAAUUAAGCUUGAGUUCAACGUUUCUUUUCCAUGCGAAAACUUCGUUUGUCGUAAAAAUAAUAGCAUAUGCUAUCCAGAUGGUUACACGGGGAAAAGGAAAUGUAGAUGUAUGGAUGGUUUCUUAGAGAAAAGAGAUGAGUGCAUACAACCCGACUCUGAAAAAAAACCUGAAACUGAAAAAGAUGAUUCAGAAAAAGGGACAAGUAACACUGGCAUUAUAAUUGCUUCUGUUUUGAUACCGGUUGCAGUGGUUCUAAUUGCCGUAUGCCUCAUCGUUUGCUUAAAAAGACGUCACAAGAGGCAAAUGACUUUCAUGGAAAAAGAAUUUGAAUAUGCUAUGGAUGCUAUAAAUCCGAAUAGAAGAGCCAUCGAUGUACGAUCGAUUGACCUUGACAUGUUGGGAACUGAGGGAGAAGGAAGAGUGAUGAAUUUGAUUUACGUUUCGCCAGAGAACGUUUAUGAGAUUCCAGAAUAUCUAUCGGAACCAAUUAGUCGAUUCGAGCUACCGCCUGAUUCUGUGAAACUUGACAAGAUGAUUGGCAGGGGGGCGUUUGGAAGAGUAUACGCUGGUGAAGCCCGUGGAAUAAAUGGCAAUCCCGAAUUUACAGCAGUUGCGAUAAAAACACUUAAAGAAUCCGCUAAAGGAGAGGGACUUUGUGAUUUCUUACGGGAAAUCGAUUUAAUGAAAGACCUUGGAGGACAUGAAAAUGUCAUUAAAAUGCACGGUUGCUGCACAAAAACUCGUCCAAUAUGCCUAGUGUUGGAAUACGCCCCAGGUGGAAAUUUGCUUAAUCAUCUGAGGGCUCUUAAAAAGAAGUGUAAAGAUAGCGUAGUAGCCGCGCGUACAGAUGACGGACCGACAAAUUCCAAAGAGGAAAACUUCACUGAGCCAGGUGAAAUGCCAUCGGACGAAAAGAGCGUGACAAAAGAUGGAGGGUCGAAUGCAGAAAUCUCAAACAGAAUAAAAGAAGAAAUUCGAGCUUCUUUGGAUUCAAAAGAAUUAGAAUCGUUUUCACAUCAAAUUGCUGCCGGAAUGAAAUAUAUCUCGGACCACGGCAUCGUUCAUCGUGACUUGGCUGCAAGGAAUAUACUACUUGGCAAAGACAAAAUAUUGAAAAUAUCAGAUUUUGGUUUGUCACGUGAAGGAACAUACGUGCAAAAACCUGGCGGGAGAGUUCCUUACCGUUGGUUGGCAAUUGAAGCAAUACAAGAACGAAGUUAUUCUACCGCCAGUGACGUGUGGGCAUUUGGAAUUGUCUUGUGGGAAAUAUGUACAUUGGGAGACACACCGUAUUCGACAGUCUCGGACCGGGACCUUAAAGAUUUCUUACUCAGUGGAAAGAGAUUAGAGAAAGUGGAGAACUGCACGGAUAAUAUAUAUGAGAUAAUGUCAAAGUGCUGGAGUCAUCUACCGCAAGACAGACCAACAUUUGGAGAACUGUACGAUAAAUUGUGGGAACUACAGAAUAAAGGACGUAUAUAUGUCAACGUAGACAGUCUAGUGAAGCAGUCCACUGAAAAUGAACGUGAUGAAAAUUCUGAAGAAAUCGGAAAGGACAGUGACAGCUGCGAUGAAAGUGGUGAUGACGUUGAUUCGCCUAGAAACGAGACUCCAUUGAUAACUGGCUGAAAACAUUUGAUCAAAGUACAGAAUAAAGUACAAAAAAGAACAAGCCUGCCGCAUGCAACAUCGAGGAAUGAAAAUAGCAGUAGAUUACGCAUGAUGAAUUGAAUUUUUUAGAUUAGAGGGUAUUGUACUGGCUUUUUUAGAGGGUAUUGCACUGGUUUUAUAUCCUGCCAUCGCGAACAAUUUCCGUUUAAUUAAAUCCUGCACCCACCUCGUUUUAUUUCAAUUUCCACUUUUCAGGUUGUAGAAUAGAAUAUGGAAACUA